UCAACCGUUCUCUACGGUUUUUCAUCAGAAAUUCCCCCUUGGUUCUGGUGUCUAAUGGUGCUCAGCGGUGUAUUGGGCUUCGCAAUCGGCUAUGUGAGUGCACUACAAAUUCAAGUGACCAGUCCUCUGACACACAAUGUCUCCGGAACAGCCAAAGCCGCUGCACAGACAGUUUUGGCAGUGAUGAUCUUUAAUGAAAGCAAAUCACUGUCGUGGUGGCUAAGCAAUCUCAUCGUGUUGCUAGGUUCUGCAGCCUAUGCUUAUGUCCUGUCACGUAUUGCUCCGGGUAUGGAAAUAUCACAUGAUGUCCUUCGUCCACUGUUUGGCCUUUUAGUACUGUAA